AUGCCAUACGAACGAACCAAAGCGAGCACCAAACAGUCGAUUGAAGCAAAGGCACAGCACUAUGGGCCAAAGAGAGCUUUAUUUCAAGUGACGAAGGAGGCUGUUGGUGUCUUUGGUGUGGAUAGUACUGGAACUCUCCCACGUAAUGAAAAUCAAGUCAAGUACAUUAAGAAGAAACAGCAAGAGGCAGGACCAGCUAACAAGGAUCCACUUGCAUCUGUCAUGGAGCUACAAAAAACUACAUUUCGUGGUUUCAUACCUGAAAUCGUUUGCAACGACCUCCCAACGGUAAUGCUCUUCACAAAUCGUCAGCUGAACAAUAUCGUCAAGUUCUGCAGCCACAGAAGAAAACACCGUCCUCAAAGUGAAAGGAACAGAUCGCCAUCCAUGCUGUAUUGCCCCUGUCAUGAUUUGUCUUACAAAGGAAGAGACGACCUAUCUUUCCUUCAUCCACUGCUUCACUCGUGAGAUUCCAGGUUUAUCUGAACACCUUCAUGCCGCUGGAACCGACGGUGAACGUGCCCUCAUAAACACCCAUGGUGCCGGUUUUCAGCGUGCUGCACUAUUGCUGUGUUACAUUCAUAGUGAAAGAAAUGUUAGAGCCAGGGGAAGAAAAUUGGGUAUGUUAUCAGCACCUGUUGAACGCAUAUGUCAAGAUCUUUACCGAUAA